AUGAGCACCAACGACCCAUCGCCAGCCAGCGUCACUCCACUUCUGAGCGAUCUGCUCCGACAGUGCAACGUGACAAAAGGGUACCGAGUGGUCAACUGCAAACGAGCCCACCGACUACAAGAAAAGAUCUUGCAGCUCAUCCACGUCGACCGUAGCGAGAGUGGACCGAAUUUCACGCACGGAUCUUAUCUGCGCAAAUGUCAAGCUGGACAAAGUCAAGUGCCAGAGUAUGUCCGGGUGGAGCGCAUCAAGCGGAAAGGUGAUGGGAGUAUGCGCAUCUAUGGUCCGAUCCUGAUCGGGGUGGAGUCGACACCUUUGUACCCUUUGGGUCCAGCAGACGCUUUGUUCGUCACACCACGAACAUUCAGUGGAAGCAUGGACGACUUUGAUGCCGUCGUGCAGGGUAUCAGCUGCAGCCACGAGUCAGUUGAGGAAUGUGACACUGGAGCACCACCACGAGGAAGCUUUCUGCUGACGUUCUGCGAUGCUCUCUUUUCGCUCUCUCCCUGUCCCUUCACGCCAGAUUUGACGAAACAACGACUUGCUUCAUCAGACCCGAGGCAAAACCUGCAUCAGUGGAACAAGCAUUCCAUCUCCACGACUUUGUGUACCUUCGAGCAUCCGGUAGAGACUGUGACCCGAGCCGUGCAGACCUGCUGCGCGUAGCGCAGAUCACCGAAUUACAGGGUGCUCAGCCGUCCAAAGUCUUGUUGCUUGACCCGCACGAGGACAAAAGUCGACCGUACUUGCGUGCACAGGGCAAGUCGAUGCGUAUCACUUCCAACCGUAUCCGAGGUCUGUUCUGCUGUAGCCUUUCGUUCGACGUAGUUAGCACUCUGACUCACCCUCUGCUAUGUUGCAACACUUCACUAAGGUCGUUGCUGGGUACAGACCGUGCCUUCAGUCGCCGAAGCGGACGAUAAGAUGGGCCAGCAUUUCGAUCAAGACACCUUCUACGUCAUCGGUCAGACUCUACCUGUGUGCAAAGAGUGCGCAUCUUCACAUGAAAGGCGGCACAACGUGAGGAGAAAGUUGGCAAAAAAGCCCCUGGCAGUGCUCGACUUGUUUUCUGGUGCAGGCGGCUUGGGCUUGGGAUUUGCGCAAUCCGAAAUCGCCGAGUGUCGCUGGGCGAUAGAGCAAGACGUUUGCGCUGCAAAGACAUUCUCGGCUGCACAUCCUGGGGCGCGGGUAUACGCUGGCGACGCCAAUGAUGCGUUGAUAGCCGUCAUUGCCAAGCAGUUUCACGGUGUGCUUCCUCGACCUGGAGAAGUGGACGUUAUUCUUACAGGCCCGCCGUGUCAGGUCAGUCAUGCCACGAGAAGCACAGCCUUGCUUUCUAUCGACUCAUUCUUCUGCGUCUCCUCUAAUACCCAUUCAGGGCUUCACAUUGGCAAACUGCAACCACUCAGACGAAGAUCCGCGCAACUUGUUGGUCCCGGUGGCAGUGAGUCAAAACCAGCGGGAAUUGUAUCGAUGUGUGGAAGCGUGGCUAGCGUCUCUGACAAGUUCUCUGCGAGUUUCCAAGCUAUCGUAUAUCGAUAUCUACAGGUGCGCAUGCGCGUCCCCUUCAGCUGGUUCUGAGAAUUUGGGAGCCCUUCUCAUGCUGUCCGUCCCUUGCUUGGUAGACCUAGAUGGGCCAUCAUCGAAAAUGUGACUGGACUGGUCGACAAAAACAAUGGCACCGUCGGUAAGUAUCAACGGUGCCAGUGUACAAGGUCUGUUUGUUCGGCUCUCUUAGCCUCCCCAAUCUCUUAGGAGACGUCAAGCAAGGAAUGCCACGUCUGGUCAUGUCAGCACUGGUGACUUUGGGUUACAGGUGAGCAACAGCUGACCCAGCUUCUGAGCCUGGUAUGAACGAGCGGCUGACUGCAAGACAAGUGCCUUGAUCGUGACGGUAGCGUGCGUCUGGCGACCAUUUCGGCAGCAUCAAUGGGUGUACCGCAGUCCAGAACGCGUGUGGUGGUCGUUGCUGCCAAGGCAGGCGAAGUGCUGCCCGAUCUGCCUCUUCCCAGUCACACUGUUGCAGGAAGUCAGUCUGCGCGAGAAUGGUCCAUCCUAUCCGGCUUGGACGACACCGUUGAAUUCAAAGUAGCUUCUAGGCGCAGAGAUGAUGGACAAGCGCCCAGACGAUGGGUGUCGGCUUGGGAAGCCGUCGGAGACCUCGAGCGUUUCGACUGGGAAAACCCACACAUCGUUUACCCAGCAGAUAAGGACGACCCCGAAGACUCGUACCGCCAGCGUCGCCUUUUGAAGGUGCCGUCAUUUGCCUGCAACAUUGUCCCAGCCUCGCGCACCUUGGGCAUCGGGCCAGUCAAGUCAAAGUAUCACUCGAGACCAAAGUCGGAGCAUCAGUUGCUAGCAAGGUCUUGGAGGAGGAAAAAGAGCGACGCGGGCGAAGAGCAAGUCUCUCAGCAUCGGACAGUAGCUCCGACGCUAGGAGAUGCAGAGAGGGUGGCAAACGUGGAUCUGAAACCUGGGGCCAACCACCUGAGUUGGCGUCAAUUUAGACCACGGUUGACGCCGCACUACCUGCGCUUCUCAUCCGAGGCUUUCGGCAACAACAAUUGCUACCCUUCAGCUUACCAGCGUUGCGACCCCGAGGACAUCUUCAGCACGACGCUCACCGAGAUUUCACCUUCCUCUUUGCACGGCACCGUACUUCACUGGAACCAGUACAGGACGCUGAGCAUUCGAGAGGCCGCCAGAUCUCAAGGUUUCCCAGAUUGGCUACACUUUGAGACUGGCGGCGACUUCGCCAACGCUGCGAAACAAAUUGGCAAUGCCGUGCCGAUCCCCUUGGCUAGUGCGCUUGGCGUGGCCUUGCGAGAGGCAAUAAUCGAUCGGACUGUGCGGCACCGUCCCACGGAGAAGAAAGCACCUGCGACAAAUGCUGCCGCGUCACCCGACGCUCAACCACUAGACAACAUCCACCACCAGGGAGCCGCCCCGAGUGCCGCGAUGGCUGGCGGAGGAGGGAACGAGACACCCACUGCAUGCUUCCAAGUCGCAGAAAUUCCCCCAUUCAAGCAGAAACGCACAGCACAAAGAGGGUUUUAA